AUGGCUAUCAGCAUCCAGAACCAAGAUGAGGCAUGGGUUAUCGACUCGAUUGUAAAAGCCAUGCCACCACCUUCUUUAUCUGCAAGAAUCCCUAGAGUCACAAAGAUAUUGGUGAGCACGAAGAGCGAUAUUUACGAGAAGUACUAUGUUCCACAGGUUGUUUCCAUCGGUCCAUACCAUUAUGGCAAGCCUAAGCUCGAGCUAGUUGAGAAACUCAAGCCUGUUUUUACCAAGAAGCUCCUCGCACGACCGGAGUAUGAAGUCAAUUUGAGCCUCAGCAGCUUGUACAAAAAGCUUGGUGAAGCGAAGAUGGUGAAAGAGUUAAGAAAAUUCUAUGAAGAGAACUCAACUGAGCAUCUCUCCGAUAAGGUAUUCACUAGGAUGAUGUUGCUGGACGGGUGUUUUAUUUUGUAUUAUAUUCUAUUUAUCCAUGGGGUGACAGCAGAAAAUUGUAGCGAGAAAGUUGAAAGUAGUAGCGACUUGAUCAGAAGCCACCAGGCCGUGUUUAUCCACCAUGAUUUGUUCUUGCUGGAAAACCAAAUUCCCUACAUAGUUCUAAACGAGGUGAUGGAUUUGAUAAAGCUUGAUAGGCGUGACAAGAUUCGAUCGUUCUUUGCUGACAACAUUUUGUCACCGGGAAGCCAGAAAAGUCGGUGGUUCUGUUUCCGAAGCGGCUCAAUCCAAUCUGAUCAAAAUUCUGGACGAGAAUCACAUGAUCAUCUGCUCCAUCGUCUGCAUUCUGCGCUUACAGGACCAAGUCCCAAGAAUGAAUCCCACUGGAUUCAAAUUCUUUCUUGUCGUCCUAAAAAUACCAGAAAGGAUGAAAUAAUCACCAGGUGUACUUUUCGUAACGUCAGCGAGCUUGCAGAUGUCGGGAUCCAAUUCAAGCCGAGUAACGUUAUGUCUUUGGCUCAUGUGGAGUUUAUUGGAGGGUGUUGCAGGUGGUCGUUUUCAGCAGAUGUAAAACUCCCUCCGAUAAUCGUGGAUGACUCCACCAAGCCGAUGUUGUUAAACUUAAUAGCCUAUGAAAUGUGUUCAAAUGACACACAUGCAUGGGUUACCUCCUACAUAAGCCUCCUCGAUUCUCUCAUUGAUCACCCAGAGGAUGUUAAGGCUCUUCGGAAAGCUGGGGUCCUUGAUAACUCCCUUGGGAGUGACCAAGAAGUUGCGACACUCUUCAACGAAAUAGGCACCGGUUUGGUGCCAAACAUUCUAGCAUAUUCGAAAGCAAAAUACCAAAUCCAAUGUCAUUAUCAAAGCUUGAGGAACACAUGGUUUUCCCAACUCAAGCACGAGUACGGCAGGAGCCCAUGGUCAUUUCUAGCACUUUUAGGAGCUUUGAUGGCUCUUUUUCUUAGUGGUGUUCAAACUUACUUCACUAUCUGGGGUCCCAGUUAA